AUAUUAGUAGAUAAUAUAAGAAUUCUUAUAUUAUCUAUGCCCCCGACCCCCGCCGACCUUGUCGAUUCCAGUCCAUUAUAUCCAUUAGUCCCCGUGGUCCAGCCGAAAAAUAGCAGAUUGCUGAUAAGUCAGGAAAUUGGGAACAGUCAAAUCCAGCGGCUGACCGAUCUGAUGAAUUUAGGAGCACACGGAUUGUGGCUAGUACAUGAAUUUUACACAAAUUAUUGUUUCUGAUUUCAUUGGCAUAUUCAGCUCUACAUAGUUAUUUUAAAAAAUCUUGAUAAAAUGUUUCAAAUCACAAGACGUAGUGCAAAAUUAUUUAGUUCAAAUUUUAGUGCUUUGAGAAAAUAUGCAGAUACCCCUAAUGUAUCAACUCUAAAAGGUGGUGAAAAUAUUUUGUAUUUGUCGUUACAAAAAAAAUUUCCUCAAGCCAAAGAAAUUAAAAUCAAAGAUAUUUCAGGUGGUUGUGGUGCAAUUUUUGAAGUAUUUAUUUCCACGACAGAAUUCAAGGGAAUGAGUAUGGUAAAACAGCACCAACUUAUUACCGAAGUUUUAAAAGAUGAAAUUAAGUCAAUGCAUGGAAUACGAAUACAUACAGAAAUACCUGUUGAAAAUAACAAAUAGAAUUAAUUAUGUAUAAUAAAAAGGAAAUAGUUAUUGUAAAAUAGAAAAUGACUUUUCUGUUGUAUACAUUUUUUUCAUUAUGAAUAAUAUGCUUCAUAUGCGAGGGGCCGAGGGCCAUUGGCUGUUUAAUGUUCAUUAAUUUUGUACCAUUAUUAUAUCAUCUAUACUCUGUCUCAAAAGAGAACAAUCUCGCUUUGUGCUUUGUGAAUGAUGUGAUUGGCGAGUUCAGAACCACUUUAAGACUAAGUUGUUGGUAGGAGAAGCAAAGCACUGACUAAAAUUUGUAAAAAUGUUUGUAAUUCAGAGUAUAUUAAUAUAUUUUAUAAGUGUACACAAUGA